AUGGGCCACCGCAAAGAGGACACCACCCGGCCAGGCAAUGGCCAUCCAGAAGAUGGGUCGAGUCAUACAGAUCAGCCGCUUGAGGUUCGACCUCUCCGCUCGUGGAAGGGAUAUCUCUGGGACACAUGGGAGCUGCCCCACGAUCAGCGUUGGCUCUUGUUCAAGGUGGAUGCCUUCGUCCUCACCUUCGCCUCGAUUGGCUAUUUUCUGAAGAAUCUGGAUCUCAACAACAUCAAUAAUGCUUAUCUGAGCGGGAUGGAGGAGGAUAUGAAGAUGUACGGCAACCAACUAGUGACCAGCACCUCGAUCUACACGGUGGGAUACGUGAUCGGACAAAUCCCUUCCAACCUGCUGCUGACUCGCAUAUCGCCCCGCUGGAUUAUCCCUACGCUCGAAGUUGGAUGGGGCAUCGCUACCAUAUGCACAUCGACAGUGAAGUCCUAUCAUGCACUCUAUGGCAUCCGGUUUCUGGUCGGGUUAUUUGAAUCCGGCUUCUACCCCGGCAUCCACUACCUGCUCGGAUCAUGGUAUACCCCGCAAGAGAUUGGCAAACGCGCCAUGAUUUUCUGGCUGGCAGGGUCCAUGGGCACGCUCUUUAGUGGCUUUCUCCAGGCGGCUGCCUACACUAAUCUGAAUGGCGUGAACGGUCUGGCCGGUUGGCGCUGGCUGUUUGUCAUUGAUGGGAUUAUCACGCUGCCACUGGCACUGGCGGGGUAUAUUUUCUUUCCCAACCUGCCGCAAGAUGGCCGUAAGACCUGGUGGAUCACCCAGGAGGAGCACCUCCUUUCCGUCAAGCGCAUGGAUGCCGUUCAUCGUGCGGGCCAGUCCCCGUGGACCAAGGCCAAGGUCAAGAGGAUGUUCCUCAGCUGGCACAUCUAUCUUCUGCGUACGUUCUGUCGCGGCCCCGGUGCACUUGACGUUUCACUGACUGCUCCAGCGCUGCUGUACAUUGUGUGGAACAAUGGCUACCCUCAAGCUGGCAUGGGAUACUGGCUGAAGAGCUUCAACACGACUCCGGCGCCUGUACCGGGCACGAGCUACACCGUGCCCCAGAUCAAUGACUACCCUUUGCUCACCACCGGUCUGUUCAUCAUCGUGGCGCUGACCUGGGGCUGGUUGUCUGACGGCCCGUUGCGAGGGGCUCGUUGGCCGUUCAUCUACGCGGGUGCGGUCAUCACAAUUAUCUUCUGCGCGCUGUUGCGGCAGAUGCCUCUGUACACCAACAUCACGGGCCGGAUGGCGGUGUACUGGCUGAGCAAUAUCGGGCUGGGUGCUGGUCCCCUGAUUCUCAGCUGGGCCAAUGAGAUCUGCACCGCCGACACGGAAGAGCGCGCGUUGGUGAUUGUGCUUGCCAAUGAUCUCGCCUAUGUUGUUCAGGCUGUGGCCCCAAACUUUGUGUGGAAGACGACCGACUUUCCCGCCGCGAAGAAAGGCUAUUUGUGGUGCAUCAUCUUGCAAGUGCUGAGUAGUAAGUCAACCCCGCAAGCUGUGUAUGUUACAUAUCAUCAUCAUUGA